ACCGCCCCUGCACCUCGGUCCAGUUGCCGCGACACUAGACUGACGAAAAAACCACGAAAACACACUGCAAUCUUGUAGUGCCGAAAGUGCCCGCAAGUGUGUAUAUACAAUAGCGACCCACCCCGUACGCUAUAGUCACAUCAAUAUUCACCCUCACCACCAUGCACUUCGAAUCUUCUCCAGGCUCCUCUCCAAGCUCCUCGCCAUCCAAGUCGAUGCCCAUCAGCAUCUCGCCCAGGAACAUGGCUUCACCAACAUCGUCGCUGUACAGCAACUACUCUACCAGCUCUUCAUCAUCGCGUGGCUCAACAUGUGCUUACCCAUCAUGGCCUACCGGUCCAUCGCUCGACCACCGCAGUGCACCUUCAUCCUACAUCAGCGACGCAGACCUCUUUGGUGAGGACUUUGACGACGACUUUGCCUGCCCCUUCCUCGACAAGGCUCCCGCUCCACCACGCCAGUACCCCAUGGCGACAGCACUCCCCGUCUUGCCACCACUGUACGCGCCCAAGAAGCCCAAGAGCGAGCGCCGCCGCAGCAGUGGCAAGCAGCGUCGCACUUCCAAGCCCAUGACUCCCAUCUCGGAGUCACCAGAGCAGGUUGAAUGAGCAAGCAUCGAGCGAUAGCAUUCGUGUUAUUUAACCUAUCUUGACGACAUCAACGUCACUAUUGUAGGCGCGCGCGUCAGCAGCGCGCUGGCAUGGCUGAGU